UCAGACAAAUUUUCUUCUCCGCAGAGCUAAAAAGUCACCGCCUCUCUUCUCCUUUUUUAUUAUUAUUUCUUAUUUCUCAUCUUUUAUUUAAAUAAAUAAAGAAGAAAAAUCUCUGGUUUUACGCCGGUUGGCUGCAGAAACCGCUCAGCUAUGCCAUUAUAUCUAAGCUACACCUCCUGCUAAUUUAUUUUUUCUCUCUUUUUCUCUGUUUUGUGCACAGGGACUUACGUUUCUUCUUCAUCUUUGUACUAGAUUCUCUCCCUUUCUUUGCUCUCUCGAGUAGGUCAUUCCAUCGAUUCGAAGAGUUAUCUUUCAAGCACAAAAUCCCAAAUGGGUUUUCCGUGCACUGUAUUUCUAGAACUUAGCUCUUCAAUCUUUUGAAAACAAAUCCCUGAUUGUUUUUUGGAAAAUUAUUUUGACUUUGCUAGUUGGGUUAGUGAUUAUCGUUGUAGCUCUUUCUUAUUUGUAAUAGGAAGUUUUUAAGUAACGGAUUAAGGUAAAGUUUGUUGGUGGUCCUCUGGAGGUUUUUUUUUUAUUUUUUUUUUAUUUUUGUUUGUUUCAUGAGAAAAUUUUUGUUUUUAAUGUUGGGUUUUGUUUAGUUAUACAGGGUUAUCGUUUUUUAUUUUCUAUUCUUAAGAAAGGGGUAAAGGAAAUAAUGGCACCAGCUACUAACUGGCUUUCCUUUUCACUCUCUCCGAUGGAAAUGUUGAGGUCAUCUGAAUCUCAGUUCUUAUCCUAUGAGAGCACCUCCACUGCCUCUCCUCACUAUUUGAUCGAAAACUUCUAUGAUAACGGCUGGGGAAUUUCCAAGGAAGCCCAAGGGGCUACAACAAUGGCAGAGACCGCUAUCCUCACAAGCUUUAUAAACCCAGAAACCCACCACCAAGAAGCACCAAAACUCGAGGACUUUCUUGGGGAUUCAUCAUCAAUUGUUCGAUACUCAGACAAUAGCCAAACAGAGACUCAGGACUCAUCUCUGACUCACAUCUAUGACCAGGGCUCUGCUGCUUACUUCAGCGACCAACAAGAUCUCAAGGCGAUUGCUGGGUUCCAAGCCUUUUCAACUAACUCGGGGUCGGAGGUAGAUGACUCGGCUUCAAUAGCCCGGACUCAGCUUGGUGGCGGUGAGUUUGUGGGUCACUCGAUUGAAUCGACAGGAAACGAAUUGGGUUUCUCUAAUUGCACCGGUGCAAAUAAUGCGUUGUCACUUGGGGUUAAUAAUCAGAGUUCCAAAGAGAAGGCUAUUGUUCCAGCUGAAUCUGAUUGCCCUAAAAAGAUUGCCGAUACUUUUGGCCAACGAACUUCAAUUUACAGAGGAGUCACUAGACACAGAUGGACAGGUAGAUAUGAAGCGCAUCUUUGGGAUAACAGCUGUAGGAGAGAGGGUCAGGCAAGAAAAGGGCGUCAAGUAUACUUAGGUGGAUAUGAUAAGGAAGAAAAGGCCGCCAGGGCUUAUGAUUUGGCAGCUCUGAAAUAUUGGGGUCCCACUGCAACCACCAACUUCCCUGUUACACAUUAUACUAAAGAACUUGAGGAGAUGAAAUAUGUGUCUAAACAAGAAUUCAUUGCCUCGCUGAGGAGGAAGAGCAGUGGGUUUUCAAGGGGAGCCUCUAUAUACAGAGGAGUAACAAGGCACCAUCAACAGGGUCGUUGGCAGGCAAGAAUAGGUCGUGUUGCAGGAAACAAAGACCUAUACCUUGGCACAUUUGCCACUGAAGAAGAAGCAGCUGAGGCAUAUGAUAUAGCAGCCAUAAAGUUUCGGGGUAUGAAUGCAGUGACCAAUUUCGAGAUGAGCCGAUAUGAUGUGGAAGCUAUCAUGAAGAGUGCUCUUCCCAUUGGUGGGGCAGCCAAGCGGUUGAAGCUCUCGCUUGAAGCCGAGCAGAAACCGACACUGAACCAUGAACAGCAGCCUCAGAGUAGCAGCAAUAAUAUCAGUUUUGCUUCUAUGGCGCCUGUAUCUACUAUCCCUUGUGGUAUUCCUUAUGAAAACACAACAGUCUAUCAUCACAACCUUUUCCACCACCUUCAAUCUGCUAACAACUUUGGUGGGACUGAUUCUUCCGGCUCCGCCUCAUCGAUGGCGAGUCCGAUGACUUUAUUGCCACAAACAGCUGCAGCUGAGUUUUUUAUAUGGCCUCAUCAAUCUUAUUGACCAAAGCAGUUUUGACUUAAGAAAAAGCAGCUAACAUGUGGCAGCUGGCCGAGUCGAAGUUAUCUUCCUAGCUGACAAAUAUUGCUGACUGUUCUACCUGAAUGUAACUCUUAGCUAACCUUGGCAGGAGUAGGAAAGAAAAGCGAGUAGGUUUUUCCUUUUUCUUCUAUUUUGUUUUAAUGGAUAAGGUCCUAGUUGCAGUAUGAUGCUGGAUUUUGUAACUAACUUGUCUUAAAUAUGUGUUGAAUGAUGGAGCAUCCAAAUACUUGCGGAAAGGUUUUCAAGAUUAUUCUCCAA